GUAAGUUUCCGAAGUUGUCCGGACAGGGGCGAAGUCUACUCGUGAUCACAACGGGCAGGAAGCGGCUUCUCCUUUGACUCGAACCUUCCACACGUUCGGUCUUCUGCAAACUUUAUUGGAUUUUAAACUGUCUACCAGGACCACCGCUACGUGUUUACCUCCAUCGUCGGACAAUAGCGGGGAAGCGAGGCUUGAGCUCCACGGGGGAGGCCAUGCCAGCUAACGUCCUCCCGUAGUGCUGCCUAAUAGCUGGCGGACAGCAAGAGGCGUCAUGGCCGAGCUGCCCAUUGCCCCGGGCCAGGUCUACAUAGAAGUGGAGUACGACUACGAGUACAAGUCCAAGGAUCGCUUGAUUACCAUUCACCAGGGUGAAUGCUACAUGCUGGUGCAGAAGACCAAUGAAGACUGGUGGAAGGUGCGCAGAGAGGAAGGGACUAAAGCCUUUUACGUACCCGCUCAGUAUGUCAGGGAGGUCCGCAAGGCCCUCAUGCCGCCUCCCAAACAUCUCCCACAUCACCCUGUUUCCACGGGCAACACCCUCCCUCAGAACGUUUCCCGGGUCAAACCGACCAACUUGGAUCUGGAUCUGCAAAACUCAUCCACAGACAACCUGAACAGGCCAGAGUUCAACCCUGCACGCUCGCCUUCCACUCAUUCCGCCUCAUCUCAGCAUGUGAGCCCCCCCAUCCAGCGGCGAGACAGUAACCACCAUCAGCACGCUCCCAGCGCUCCCACGGGACCCGAACGAUCUGUAGCAGAAAUUCUGGCCCAGGCUUGCGGCCCUCCGGCUGGCCAGAGGGGUGGCAGUCUGCCCCGCACCCGUGCCAGAUCUCCAGACCUGGUCCGAGUCCCGCUGGAUGUAGACAGCCCUCACUGUGACUCGGCAGAGGAGGAACGCCGGACCAACGACUCGGAGUCUGGAGACGAACUCAGCAGCAGUUCUACUGAACAUCUGCAGACCAUUUCUUCGUCAGGCCGCGGCCGCCCCGAGUCGCCCGUGUACAGCAACCUGCAGGAGCUGAAGAUCACCCAGUCCGCUGUGCCCCCGCUGCCCUCCGGGUCCCCCUUCCAGGUGCUGGGUGACUGGGAAACAUACAGGGACCAGAAUGGCAGACAUUUCUACUAUAACCGUUGCACCCAGGAGAGGACUUGGAAGCCACCCCGGGCCAGGGAUGCCAGCAUGGGGAGCUCCAGGGGAGAGAACACCAGUCCUGGGGAGAGCUCUGAGAACACUCCUCUGUCGCUAUCGCCGUCUUUCUUUCCCUACCUGUCGCUCUCCAUCGGCCGUCUGGAGCCUCUGUCUUCAGAGGACACCUGCUUCAGCGCCUACUCUAGCCUGUCAGACAGUCAGUACGGCUCGCCGCCCCGCGGUUGGUCGGAGGAGAUGGACGAGUACGGCCACACGCUGUACGUCAGCGACUAUACUAAUGAGAAGUGGCUAAAGCAUGUUGAUGAGCAGGGUCGGCCGUAUUACUACAGCGCAGACGGCUCCAGGUCGGAGUGGGAGCUGCCAAAGUACAACCAUUCCCCGCCACAGCUAGCCGGGGAUGCCCCAAAGACUCGCAGUCUGGACAGGAGACAGGUGGAGCCCAUCGUGUUGACCAAGUGGAGACACAGUACCUACGUCCAAGACCCCAACGACAAGGACGCACCUCUGAGCCCCAAGUCCCCCUCACCUGACUCAGACUCCAGCCCUUCUUCUCCUAAGCGCCCUAACUCCCCUGCUGAGAAAUGUGGUGUGCUGAACGUGACGAAGAUUACAGAGAACGGCAAGAAAGUUCGGAAAAACUGGACUUCCUCCUGGACUGUCCUGCAAGGGUCCACGUUGCUCUUUGCCAAAGGCCAGGGAGGAGGAACAAGCUGGUUUGGUGGCGGUCAGUCCAAACCAGAGUUCACCGUCGACCUGAAAGGCGGUUCUGUGGACUGGGCGUCCAAGGACAAGUCCAGCAAGAAGCACGUUAUAGAGCUGAAGACCCGGCAGGGCACGGAGCUGCUGAUCCAGUCUGAAAAUGACGGCACCGUCAAAGAGUGGUACCGAGCGCUGCGGGACACCAUCAGCAGCCCUGCGUGUGAGUCUGAUGAAGCCAUAGAAGAAGACAUGCCCGAGUCACCUGGUACAGAGAAGCAGGACAAGGAGAAAGAGAACAGAGACGCCAAGAAAACCAGAGCCAUGAAGACAUCCACCAGCAUAGACGCCGCCGACAACAAGAAGACCAAACACAAGCUGAAGAAGUUUCUGACUCGCAGACCCACGCUGCAGGCCGUCAGAGACAAAGGCUACAUUAAAGAUCAAGUGUUUGGCUGCAGCCUGUCCAGUCUCUGCCAGAGGGAGAACAGCACUGUUCCCACUUUUGUUAAGAUGUGCAUCGAGCAUGUGGAGAACAACGGCCUGUGUGUGGACGGCCUGUAUCGAGUCAGUGGAAACCUGGCGCUGAUACAGAAGCUGCGCUUUGCCGUCAGCGACGAUCAAAAUGUGAGCCUGGCAGAUGGCAAGUGGGAGGACAUCCACGUGAUCACCGGAGCUUUAAAGAUGUUCUUCAGGGAGCUUCCAGAGCCGCUCUUCACCUACAAUCUCUUCCACGACUUUGUCAGCUCCAUCAAGUUUCCAGACUACAAGCAGAGAGUCCAUGCCAUCAAAGAACUGGUCCGACAGCUCCCCGAGCCGAAUCACGACACCAUGCAGGCCCUGUUCAAACACCUCAGAAAGGUGAUCGACCACGGAGAGGAGAACCGCAUGACCAACCAGAGCGUCGCCAUCGUGUUUGGACCCACGCUGCUGCGGCCCGAGACGGAGACCUGGAACAUGGCGGUUCACAUGGUCUACCAGAACCAGAUAGUGGAGCUAAUACUCUUGGAGUACGAGAACAUAUUUGGAAGGUAGAUGGCCGUGCGAGGCAACGACGUCUGCUUCUUCCCCUCAUCUGAACCGCCCCUUGGUCAACGGCGCUUCGCUCCCUGGGAACCGCUCAAGAACUAAAACCUAAACUAAAACCAGACCAAAGGCAACGUUUUUGUGCCCUUUGAGCACAGAAAGUCUUCCUGUCCCAACACUGGAGUCCUAAAAUGAGCAAAAACCUGCUGAGACCAACAGAAAGGUUGUGCGGGUCUAUGAUGGCAUCUGGAAGAACCGCGGCUCUACUUCUUCUGCUUGGCUUUAAACAUGAACAGGAAGUGAUGAACAGGAUGUUGAUUGAACUGCCGUCAUGCUUCCACUGUUUCUCUUCAUCUGAUCUUGAAAUCCUGAACAAGAGGAUGAUCUUGUUGGUCUUAUUUUGGGAUGCCUGCAACACUCCUCCACCAGCUCCAUGUUGGAAUGUUCUUUGUCCAGUUUUGGUGCACGUGAAGAGGUUGAGUGGCUUUAAAGUCAAACUGUACCGAGAAUAAAUACCAGUAAAUAACACUAAUUAAAACAAUAGGACCCAAAUCAUUUUUAAGGAUCACUGAGCUCAGACAGGUCAACGUUCAAUUGCGCCAUCGUUAUUCAUUUUGCACCACCAAGCAAUGCUAGCCUCAUCAAACUGCAAUAAAAAAUCUCAUUUUAAUCACAAAGACAUGAUUAUAGUGUUUGAUUAAUUGGUGCUUUGUUGCUGAUUUGACCUGUUGGCUAGAGGUGGCUGGAACUGACUCAGACUCAAUUUACCUGGGGGCCACUGGAGCUAGGGUCUGGGUGAGGCUGGGCCACAUCAGGUUUUCCAAAAAAAUAAAAAUAAACGCAUUUAUUAAAAACAGAAAAAAAAGUGUCUUCAAUGCUUUUGCUUCUGCUAUACCCUCCAGUUUUUCAGUGCUUUGGUUCCGGUUUUCCACAAGAAAAGCUCUAAAAAAACAUUCCUCUGUUCUUAAAUAUCUUAAUUUUUAUUUUUCUACACAAAAUAAGUAAAAAAAUAAAUCAAGAAUAAAGAAAAUAACUCAAUCAAUCAAUAAUAAUUAAAAUAAUACUAAAACAGCAAAUAAGAAAAACUUAAGAAACCUCAUAUACCAUAUUUUCCGGACUAUAAGUCACACCUUUUUCAUAGGUUGGCUGUUCCUGCGACUUAUACUCCAGAGCGACUUAUAAAUGAAAAAAGUGUUUAUGUUCCAUAAACACUGGACACCUUUUGUGUUCAUGUUUAUUUUUGGUGUAGCUGAAUAACCAUUGUGUUAGCAUAUCUUACACCUAUUCAGCCUGUUCUCUAUUCUUUUAUUGUUACAACUUGCCUUCCAAGUAAUGCCAAGUGUAAUGUCUGUUUUGGUCAUAAAAUAAAUUACCCACAAAAAAUGCGA